CCAUCUAUUUCUUCUCAGACCUAUGGUCACAUCUUUAGAAUGUAGUUAUUUAUGUACUUAUAGGAAAGAAUUAUUUUAAAUACACAAUAAAUUGAAGUCAUUGUAUCAAGUUAAUGUAACUUUCCAUUGCUUAUAAAGUUUUAAGUGACUAUAUGAGCAACAUGUAGAAAACUUUAAAGUAUGAUAUUACUCUGUUUUCUCGUGCGGCAUGUCACAUAACCUCGAUUCAAGACAAUUUGGUACAUUUUUAUCAAAUGUGGCGUAAUUUGAUCUCAGUAUGAGAAACAGUAUUUUCUAUUCGAUUAUUAAGCAAUAAUAAUCAUGAUUGACUUCGAAUCUGUGCUUUGGUAUCUCAGUACGGAAUUAGAUGAAAUUAUUUCGUGGUGGUGGUGGUACAUAAAAGAGAUCUCUUUGCAAGUUCUUAUUGCUAUCGUUGCCUACGUUUGCGUUUGUAUAUUUCUUUAUGCUAUCCUUAAAAGAGUUAGCCAUGAAGCGUGGCAACUCGCAGGUCCACCGGCUAGAAUUCUGUUAGUGACCGCUCAUCCUGAUGACGAAGUCAUGUUCUUUGGCCCAUUCUUAUAUUCGGUCAUUAAACAAAAAGCUAGUGAAAUCUAUCUUCUCUGCUUGACAAUAGGGGGAAAUAAACAACGGAAGGAAGAAUUAUGGAAUUGUGCAAAUGUAUUGGGCAUUCCAGAAUCUAAUAUAACAAUAUUAAUGGAUACCGAUUUGCCAGAUGAUUCUAAGGUAUUAUGGUCCGAAGAUGUCGUAGCUGGGAACAUUCUACAACAUGUAGAAAGUUAUAAAAUUAAUGCUGUUGUGACCUUUGACAAAUAUGGUAUAAGCGGUCAUAAAAAUCAUAUUUCUCUUUUUUAUGGAAUAGCAUCAUUAUGCAUGGAAAAAAAGGUACCGCCAUAUUGCAAAUUCUAUGUCUUAGAGUCCGUGAAUAUUGUUAGAAAGUACAUCCAGUUAUUAGAUUUGCCGAUUAGCCUGCUCUUGGCUUCAAAUUGGUACCUCAUUACUCAUGAACAACGAAAAAAUAUAAGGAAUGCUAUGGCGGCUCAUAAGUCUCAGUAUGUUUGGUACAGAAAACUGUACAUGAUUUUUUCGCGAUACACCUUCAUAAAUACUCUUCAGGAAGUCAGUACUCUUGAUUUAGAGUUGGAUCUUCAAUUUGAAGAUGAUUGAAUACAUUUUCAUAAUACAUAUUGUACAAAUGUAAAUUAGUUCUAUAUUGUACAAAGUUAAUAUAAUUAAUCUUCCAAA